AUGGAAGACGGGGCUGCGCCACAGGAAGAAGUCAACGUGCUCAUGUUUGGGGUCAUACAGUUAAGCGAAUCCAUUAACUACGUUUAUGAAACCAUUGAGGCCAAGAUCGCCAAAAUCAGCCAGACUUUGAGGAGCCAUGAGGGGACUCUCCAAAAGCUGGGGAGGGAGACUGAGCGGGCCGCGGAAGUGGAGAAGCAAAUUCAAGAAGUGAUGCAGUUGCUACAGGCCCAGAUGGCCAAGCAACAGGCUCAGACCAAGAUGGCUAAAGACAGGCUGGGCCGCAUGGAGCAGGAAGAGGCGGAGCUGAAAACCAAAGUGAAGAAGCUGGAGCUGUAUCUCAACACCAACAUGAGCAUCAAGGAGCUGCAGGAGCGAGCAGAGGAGCAAUCCAACAUCUUGAAAGAUUUACAGUAUUUCACAGAGUUCCAAAAAGAGAAUAUUGAGACUCAGAAUAAGAAGCUCUCCGAACUCAAGAAGAUGAGUGACGCUAUGACAUACACCACUGAGGUCUCAGAGUCUACGCAGCUCUGA